GUCGGUGCCGCAGGAGCCCCGGCAGCAGCCCGUGUUCCAGCAGCCGCCCUAUGGACCCUGCCACUAUGAGAUAAAGCAGUUCCUGGAGUGUGCGACCAACCAGAGCGACCUGACCUUGUGCGAGGGCUUCAACGAGGCUCUGAAGCAGUCUGCCAGGGCUCAGCCCGUGCUGACUCAGCCCUCCUCUGUGUCGGCGCUGCCCGGGCAGACCGUUCGGCUGUCCUGCACCCUGAGCCCUCAGUACAACAUCAGCGAGUUCGGCAUCUCCUGGUACCGGCAGCGCCCGGGGCACUCCCUGACCUAUCUGCUCUAUUACAACUCUGAGCGAGACAAGCACAGGUCUGCCAAGAUUCCCAACCGCUUCUCGGCUAUCAAAGAUCUCGCCAGCAAUGCCUGCAUCCUCAUCAUUGCAUCUGCCUGCCAUGAAGACAAUGGCAAAUAUUUCUGCUCCCUGUCACGUGCCUUCAACUGGUUUUAG